GGAGCUAGGUCUCGAAUUUUUCGCAGCCAAACAAACUCAAUGUGAAAAAGAAGAAAAAUCAAGGGCAAAUUGGGAAGAGAGGGCAGAAAAGCACGACACGACGCGAGAAAGGCUUUGAUAUAGAAACACCCCCACACGCCUCCACUCCUCUUCUUCCCAAUCACCUCUCAGUAACUCCGCGGCGCAGAUCCGAGGAGUUUGGGAAACCCUAGCUUCAAAGGCAGCGACGCUCAAAUCCCUCUCGUUACUCAUCUCCGAUCAUCACAGCUCUAGUCAUUCGCAGUUAUGGCAGGUUUGGCACCAGAAGGAUCACAAUUUGAUGCUCGCCAAUAUGAUUCUAAAAUGAAUGAGUUACUGUCAUCUGAUGGACAGGAUUUCUUCACAUCAUAUGAUGAAGUAUAUGACAGUUUUGACGCUAUGGGUCUGCAAGAAAAUCUUCUGAGGGGCAUUUAUGCAUAUGGUUUUGAGAAGCCUUCUGCAAUUCAGCAAAGGGGUAUUGUUCCAUUCUGCAAGGGCCUUGAUGUUAUUCAGCAGGCUCAGUCUGGUACAGGGAAAACUGCGACUUUCUGUUCUGGAAUAUUGCAGCAGCUUGAUUAUGGAUUGGUACAAUGUCAAGCAUUGGUUUUGGCUCCCACUAGAGAACUUGCACAACAGAUUGAGAAGGUUAUGCGAGCACUUGGUGACUACCUUGGUGUCAGGGUCCAUGCCUGUGUGGGUGGGACCAGUGUUCGUGAGGAUCAACGCAUUCUUUCAAGUGGUGUCCAUGUUGUUGUUGGCACUCCUGGUCGCGUUUUUGACAUGUUGCGAAGGCAGUCUCUGCGGCCUGAUUAUAUUAAGAUGUUUGUGUUGGAUGAGGCUGAUGAAAUGCUUUCACGAGGUUUCAAGGAUCAGAUCUAUGACAUUUUCCAGUUGCUGCCAUCUAAAGUUCAGGUUGGGGUGUUCUCUGCAACUAUGCCACCUGAAGCACUUGAGAUUACAAGAAAGUUCAUGAAUAAGCCUGUGAGAAUUUUGGUGAAGCGUGAUGAGCUCACCCUUGAGGGUAUCAAGCAAUUUUAUGUGAAUGUUGAGAAGGAAGAAUGGAAGCUUGAAACCCUGUGUGAUCUUUACGAGACGUUGGCCAUUACCCAGAGUGUUAUUUUUGUCAACACAAGGCGGAAGGUUGACUGGCUCACAGACAAGAUGCGAAGUCGUGAUCACACGGUCUCAGCUACCCAUGGAGACAUGGAUCAAAACACACGAGAUAUAAUUAUGCGUGAAUUUCGCUCUGGUUCAUCCCGAGUUCUCAUCACCACUGACCUUUUGGCUCGUGGAAUCGAUGUCCAGCAGGUCUCCCUUGUGAUUAACUAUGAUCUGCCCACACAACCAGAGAAUUACCUACAUCGUAUAGGUCGUAGUGGGCGUUUCGGAAGAAAAGGUGUUGCCAUUAACUUUGUGACCAGGGACGAUGAGAGGAUGCUCUUUGACAUCCAGAAGUUCUACAAUGUGGUUAUUGAGGAGCUGCCAUCAAAUGUUGCUGAUCUCCUCUGAUGAGUUUUGGGUAUGUUGAGGUGAAGGGUCUCUUUGUUUCGAAGACUGUUCGACGUGUUUUUUAUUUUUUAUUUUCUUCUUAAAUAUCUAGGUUUUUAAUUUAAUGUUGCCAAAGAUGUCUGACCAUUUUAAUGAUUUGGUCCUGCACCUUGCAGCAGGGUAAUUAUUAAGUUGCCCCGUUCAGCAUGGUGGGCAUAUAUUGUUGCCAAUUCUCUUGCAGGUGGGAUUUUGUAUCGUAUGUUUUCUGUUCUCUUCCCCUUUAUUAGAAUUUCUCAAAAACAA